AUGCCGCCGUUCAGCGAGGCCGACACCAGAAUCUAUCGCAGAGAUGUGGCUUUGGGCGGUCAAUCUCUCUCUGCUACCGAGCGCGAGAAGCUCUUGCAACGAUAUCUCCCCACACCACCCUCGGGGUUUUCGCAGAAAGAUUCACAAUUACCUAAUACCUCGCAACGCCAAACAUCCAAAGGGCACCGGCGAAGAGUGCGACCUUUCCUGAAGUCGAAGCUGCACUUCCUCGUCUUCUUCCUCAUCCAACUCGUUUUCGGCAUAUACAUUCGCCUGCGUCAAAUCUAUCACGCUGUAGUCUAUCGCCUGCUCGGCAUCAGGCACCAUCACCACCGCACCCCGGAGUACAUUCAGAAAGAUGUCCAGAACCUCGACCGCAUACCGGAGCACCUCAGUGUGAUAUUGAAGUUCAAGGCGGAAGAGGACGGGGGCCUAGAAGCAUUGAUAGACGAGGUCGCAGAGCUCUGCGCUUGGUCCGCAGCUGCGGGGAUUCCGAUGCUGAGUAUCUAUGAAAAGUCGGGGAUCUUGAAGACAUACAUGGCGUCCUUGCAGGAGUUGGUGAAGCAGAAGCUCUCGUCUUACUUUGGCGCUCCCCCGGCGACGCCCACCCUGAGAGUAUUUGCUCCCAAUCACCCCUCCAUGAGCCCGUCGCGGACACCGUCGCCGCAAAUACCAGCGCAGGCACUCGCCGGUGGAAUUUACGGCUCAAACGUCGCCACGGGCCGGGCGCAUUUGGACCUCCUCCUACUGUCUGCCACGGACGGGCGAGACACGCUAGUCGACCUGACCAGAACACUGGCCGAGAUGGCCCAAACCCAAAAGCUACGUCCUACAGACAUAACUUCCAAUCUCAUUAACGCCGAAAUCAGCGCGACGACCGCGGUUCCGGACUCGAGGCUCGCGCACGGCGACAGGCCGGCAGGCAAAGAGGUCGACGCAGGAGAACCGGAUCUUGUCAUCGUGUUUGGGCCGGUUGUGAAGCUGGAUGGCUAUCCGCCGUGGCAGAUCCGGCUGAGUGAGAUCUUCUGCGUGGGCGAUUCCGGCGGCGAUGUUUCUGGCAGCGGCAGCACGAGGGUUGAGUACCAGGCCUUCCUCAGGGCGUUGUGGAAAUAUGCAGGUGCAAAUUUCAACUUUGGGAGAUGA